CCCUAUUUCCGGUACGAAUUUCUCGUUCCUUUUAGCAAAAUGGCUCCAAAACCAAAACCCACGGACAAAGCAGCCAGCAAGCCGGCUGCUAAGAAAACCGAAAAGAAAACUGAGAAGAAACCAGCCGUAGCUUCUACAACGUCCAAAGUGACAAAAGCAACUGCAAAGCCAGCUGCUGCUAAGAAACCUGCGGCUGCCAAGUCGACUACUGCAGCAAAGCCUGCAGCAAAACCUGCGGUAAAGCCAGCAGCAAAACCUGUGCCCAAAGUUGCUGUAAAGCGUUUGGUCAGCAAACCUAAAAAGAAUGUCCAAGCUACAAAGAAAACGCCCAAAGGUGGUAAACCAUCUACACCUCUGCAAAAAGCACUUAAAGCGCAGAAAAAGAUAUUGAAAGGUGUUCAUGGAUCAAGAGUAAGGAAAAUAAGGACUUCGGUACACUUUCAUCGACCGAAAACAUUCAGGCCGCCGAGAAAUCCCAAAUAUGCAAGGAAAUCUGUGCCAAACAGAAACAGAAUGGAUGCGUUUAAUAUAAUAAAGUUUCCAUUGACCACCGAAGCGGCCAUGAAGAAGAUCGAAGACAACAACACGUUAGUUUUCAUAGUGCACACUCGUGCCAACAAAUACCACAUCAAAGCAUCUAUAAAGAAGCUCUAUGACGUGGACGUGGCCAAAGUGAACACAUUAAUUAGGCCUGAUGGAAAAAAGAAGGCGUACGUUCGCUUAACUCGCGACUACGAUGCUCUGGACGUCGCUAAUAAAAUUGGAAUAAUAUAAAUGAGUCUGUAUGAAUGGAAGAAUAUAUUUACAUUGAUA